AUGAAGUUAUCAACGGAAGCCUCUUCUCUUAUUUGCGAAAAUUGCAGAGGAGACCGAGUAUAUAUAGACACAAAUACUGGAGAAUAUUACUGUGAGGACUGUGGUAUUCAACAACAAGAAAUUAGAGAACUUGAAAGAGAUAUUGAUGAUGUUUACUUUGAAACAUUAAAUGGACCCGAUGGCAGAAGAAGUAAUGUUAGGCGUGCAAGCCAAUCUACUGAAAAAUUGCCAAAUCAAGAAAAUAAUGAUGAAAACUCAAAAGAUGAUGACCCACUAUACUUUGAAGAUUCAAAUAAUAUAUCUAGAAAGAAACAAACAUUUUUUGAUAAAUGGGUCAAUAAGAAACCAAAAAUAGUAAAAAAUUCUGACUUCUUGAUUGGAGUACAGCUAAUAGUCCAACAUAUUAUUAAAGAUAUGAUUGAAAGACGUCAAAUAAAGAAUGAGGUUCUUAAAACUUCAAAAAGUAUUUGGUUCCUAUUUAUGGAAUACUUGUGCAAAAAUAAGAUCCCAAUUAGAGCUUUUUUUGCUGACUUGAGAUGCUCCGUCCUUAAGGUACCAUUUAAUGAAACAGUUUCAGACCCUUCAAGUAUAAGUGAAAUUAAAUCCAGGAACAUUAAGAUCCCAAAUGUUGUAGAGACAAUUUUUGGGAAAGAAAAAAAUAUAUUAUACGAUUUACUAUACAAUUUAUUUGGGUUAGAUAGGGUUGAAUAUUUAUCGAAAAUUUGCAACGGAAUAAUAAGAUACUCUAAUUCAAUUAAUAUACGUAAAAGAAUGGUUAAUAAUACUUUAAUAAAUGAAAAAAAUUGUGGAAAUUUAUUGGAAGAAUGGGAGAUCUCUGCAAGAAAGCUUCAAUGUUUAGCAAAUGAAAGAAAUAUACCCUAUUCAAAUUGGUGCGGAGAAUCAUAUAUCCCUAGAUCAGAAUUAAUUAAAUCUGUUAUUGACAUGAUCUACGAACAUGACUUUCUGGAAAGUUAUUUCAAUCAAAUAAGCGAAACUAUAUUAGAUAGAAAUGAUAAUAUUUACCGUUCCCGGUUUAAUGAAUGGAUAAAUUUCCAUGUGUUUUUUUUUAUAAAAAAUAGAAAAAUAAAUCAAGAUUAUAUUUUGAUUUCGAAAUACUUAGAACUACCUGAAAAUGAAUUUCAAAAUCGUAAGGACCUAAAAUUUCAACUCUACAAAGUACACCUUACACAUUUAUUGCUAUAUAAAAUAUUGGGCAAGCACAUAAUGAGAGUAUUUGAUAAUACAUCUCUCUCCGAGUAUUUACCAAUAUUUGAAUUGUACGAAAAUAUUGAACCUCGAAAUUUUAGAAAAAGAAAGUUACUUAAAGAAAAUUUAAUAGAAUCUGUCUUGGAAUGCCCAAAAAUAGACUAUAGUUUUAUAUUAUGCAUUGUUUGGGUUUCGUUGUUAAAAAGUGGCUACCAAGUUACGUCUUUUGAUAUAAUUGAAUGGGUAAAAAUAGGAAAAAUAGACAUAUUCAAGUCUGAAAAUAUUAUUCCAAAGUGGCUUAAGGAUGCAGGUUUUAAAUGGGACAAUGACAUCAACUCAAACAUUAAUACCAGAUCAGUUACACAAAUUUCGAGAAUUCCAAGCCCCGCAGAUCUUGAAAGAGUUAUUAAAUUCUUCUCUGCAUCGGUUAAUGUGGUCAUUCCACCCAUCAAUGUUCCAAUCAUGAUCCAUAGAAUUUUAGCUAAUUGUAAUUUGCUCAGAUAUAGAGGAGGAAUUUCAAUUCAACCUCUUUGUAUUCGUCUUUGGGAAUUUUUGUUCAAAGAAGGUAGCAUUAUCAAGUUAUUUGGUAAAUUAACAAUUGCUCCAUCUAUAAUAAUUGUUAUCGCAAGAUCUAUUUGGCCAAUUUUCGUAUACCACUGUAUACCUAACCCAAAGAACAUAUUGGAGGAUGAAAAAUUAUAUACUAAAUCAUCUGAACCUAUAGUUUCUGUAAAUACCGAAUUAUUUAAUUUUGACUUUCGUUUUAAUAGGAAACUAUCAUCUUGGAUUUUAAAGACAAGCAAAACACAAUUUUCAUCAGAAGAAAAAUUUCGGUUCUACUCGGUUAUCCAUGGUAUUGAAUGGAGUGGAAUGUUUGCAAUUAACUGGCUAUAUACUUACUUAACAUCAAACAUUCCAUCAUGCUCCAUAGAAGCAAAUGAUAUAUUUAUAAACUCGAAUAUAAAGAAUUCCGAGUUUAUUGAAAAAAAGGGAAGGCCAACUGUAAAUUUUAGAGGUGAUUUUUUUAGUUCAAUAAGAAAGAGAAGACAAGCUAUUAAAAAAAAGACUGGGAGAAAUAAUUGGUCCGGGAUUAUGCCCACGGAGUCAAAAAACUGUGAAUUUUAUUCGUUUGGCAAAAAAAAAACUGGUUUAUUUUCCAGAUAUCUACCUUCUAAUCGAGAAAUUUUCCACUCUUUGUUGUUUAAUGAUACUAAUAAAGCAAAUAUACUAUCUGAUUAUGAUAUCCUUCAAUUAUGGGAUUCAUUUGAUGAUAAUGAAAAGGUUCAACUUGUUAACGAUUGGGAAAAGGUAUUAUUAACGAAUAAGGAAACUGAGAACUCUAGUAUUAUUAAGGGAAUUAUUAAAGAUAUUUCCCCUUCUGCAGUAUGUUCGCUUUUCCCACUUUUAAUAGAACAUAAUUUCUUGAAGAGUGAAGGCCAAUGUUUUAACAAUAUUGGAUCUUUGAUCAGUCAUAUUUUCAACCUGAAACUUGGCUUAUUAAAUAAAUUGUUUCAGGACCCCGGGAUUUUUACUUAUGUUGUUUUGCCUUUGCCUCAGUUUAUUCAUUCCAAACAAAAGUUUAGUAAUUCUGAAGCAUCUUUACCAAUUCCUUAUUCUAUUUUGUUAUUACAACUAGCUAAAAUAACCGGAGAAAAUUAUUUAAACGUUCACAACUGUGUUAUUAAAAUUGAGGAAAUUUUAACGAAAAGACUCAAAGAAAAAAAAUAA